AAUCGGGUUGACAGGAACUCUAUGGAAGCUUCAUAGGAGAUUUUUUCCACUUCAAAAUUUCGUUCAAGGACAUUUAUUGUAUCGUAACUUUCGCUAACCUAUGGUUUCCCUGCAGUUUAAAGUUCUGUUGCACUCUGGGAGAGCCAGGGUGCUGUUGCAAUCAUGGCGGCACUGACAGUGACAGAAGUGUUGAUCGAAAAAGAAGAAUGAAAAUUGAAACAUGAAUGAGUCAUCGGUCGGAACAUUUCUCUACUGCUUUGCUUUGUAAUUUAAUUGUUUUGUUUAAAUUGUGGAGCUUCGUUAGUGUAUGUUUACCAUCAUGUCGGGCAGAGAGUCGCCUCAACAGGAAAUGGCCCUUUCAACUAGCUCCAGUGAAGAAAGAGAGCUAGAAGCUACAUUGGUUCCCCCUCCAAUAGAGGUAGAAGGUCCUAAAUCAGAUGAUGAUGACAAUUUCCUGAUCAGGUUUCCAUGGAAACGUGACAGUAUGGGGCGUGAUCAGGGUGGGGCAAAUGUAAACGCUAAGCCGGGGGAAUAUGUGCUCCAGACCCUCUUCUUGCAGUUUUGCGCUCAUGCUGAAAAAAAGAUUGAGCAAGUCUUGGCUGAACCUCUGGAGAGGCCUUUAGCCAAAUCCUUGCAGAGAGGUGAAGAUGUCCAGUUUGAUCAGUUGCUCAGUGCAUUGGGAAAUGUGUCUGAACAGAGUCUUCCAUCAUUAUUACGAACACUGUUCAAGUGGUAUGAACGCCAGAACAUCCUGGACGAUUCCUUGGUUGUUGAGCCUCGGUCCAGACACAAAUCUAAAGGGGAAAAGGACUUUCUUUGUGAAAGAAGAGACUUAGCUGUGGAGUUUGUAUAUUGUCUGGUGCUCAUCGAAGUUCUUUCCAAGUUGUCAUUUCACCCUGCGGGCCAUGAUGACCUGGUUGGUUACAUCAUUACACAAGCUUUCAGGCAUUUCAAAUACAGAGAUGGGUUACAUGCCUCUCCGAACGCUGGCAACAUUGCCAUCAUUGCUGACCUGUAUGCUGAAGUAAUGGGUACUGUGGCUCAGGCCAGGUUUCAAGCUGUGAGGAAAACAUUUCUGUCUGAGCUGAGGGAGCUGAAGCUAAGAGACCAGACCCCUUACACUGCACAGAGUAUCAUCAGUCUCCUCAUGGGCCUCAAGUUUUUCAGGGUCAAAAUGCAUCCGAUUGAGGACCUGGAAUCCAGCUGUUCAUUUCUACACGACCUUGGCAAAUACUUCCUGGAGGUCAAGGACAAAGAUAUCAAGCACGCUCUGGCGGGACUGUUUGUGGAAAUUCUACUUCCUGUGGCAGCUUCUGCAAAGAAUGAAGUCAAUGUCCCUGUGCUAAAAACCUUUGUCGAUAUGCUCUACUCCACUACAAUAGACAUGGCUACAAAGAAAAAACACACACUGGCUCUGUUUCCUCUGGUGACAUGCCUGCUGUGUGUCAGUCACAAACAGUUCUUCCUCAACAACUGGCCAUACUUCCUCACCAUGUGUCUGUCUCAGCUAAAAAACAGAGACAACAAGAUGUCCCGUGUGGCCCUCGAAUCCCUCUACAGGCUCUUGUGGGUGUACAUGGUGCGGAUCAAGUGUGAGAGUAACACUGCCACACAAAGCAGAUUACAAAGUAUUGUUAAUAGCCUCUUUCCCAAAGGAUCCAAGAUCAUCACCCCCAGGGACACACCCCUUAACAUCUUCGUGAAAAUCAUCCAGUUUAUUGCAAAGGAAAGACUGGACUUUGCGAUGAGAGAAAUUAUUUUUGACUUGUUGUGUGUUGGCAGACAAAUCAAGUUUCUCACUCCUGAGAGGAUGAGUAUCGGCCUGCGGGCUUUCCUUGUGAUAGCAGACAGCCUGCAGCAGAAAGAUGGUGACCCUCCCAUGCCUCAGACCAUGGCUACUCUGCCCUCGGGAAAUACUGUCAGGCACAAAAAAACGUUUCUCAACAAAUUCUUGACAGACUCCACAGCCAAGUUAAUUGGCAUCGCCCUGUAUUACCCACAUGUUCUGAAAACACUUGACUCGAUCUUCCGCGCCCUUGACCUUCAGGUGGGGCGACCUUUACUGCUGACCAAACCCGAGAACGUCUCGAAAGACCCAGAUGAAAUGCUUACGACUGACCGUAAGCCAAAGAUUGACUUGUUCCGCACGUGUGUGGCAUCCAUCCCUCGUCUAAUCCCAGACGGAAUGACGCCACACGAGCUGGUGGAGCUUCUGACCAGACUGACCGUCCACGUGGACGAGGAACUAAAGGGACUGGCAUUUCAAGCUUUGCAGAAUUUAAUGCACGAGUCCUUUGAAUGGAGAGAGCAAGUAGUCCGAGGUUUUGUACAGUUCAUUCAGAAGGAGAUCGGGGACACCAACACACAGUUACUGGAUGGAACAUUACGAAUGUUAAUACAGCUGCUGGUGAACUGGAAGUCAGGGAGUCAUGGAGUACAGACAGGACACAGCUUUAGGGAGAAGUUUGGUGACACACGGAUAGAGCGGCCAAACAACUCCCCAUCAAACAGGAGUGCAGCCAACCUGGUCGUGCUACAUGAGGUGGAGGGCCUGGCCCUGGUCAUGCUCUGUAACACACGACUGGUCACGCGCAAACUGGCGCUCCAUCUGCUCAAGGAAAUCAGGACAAUCGUCUCCACCACAGGCUCCAGUCUGGUGUGUGAACCAUGCCUGAUUGAUGUCAUGGACAAAGCCUGUCCUCUGGUCCUGGAGAAAUUACUAGCUCUAUUGCCUCACAACGAAAAGGCUGUUGUUCUGAUGUCCCCUAAUAUUGAUCUGACAUGGGUCAUUGAUCGCUCCUCCUCGGUCUGGCCUAACAACCACAGUGACACGACCUCUGACCCAGCACGCGCAGGUACAGCCUCUUCCCAGUCUAGCUUCAGUAAGCUCGAGAUCUGGAUGUGUGUUUUGGCUGAGCUGGUGACCAAUGAGUUCGCUCGUGGCUCCUGCCCUCAUGCUGUCAGUCAUGCCUGGCCAAUCGUCUUUGCUCGUCUGAGUGCACUCUUCCAGCAUGUGGAUCCCAGCUUAUUGACCAAUGAGACAAGAGCAUCCUCUAUUCUGCGGUCUGGCAGCAAGAAGGUGACAACUGAACGUGACCUUCACAUGAACCUGUGGAGGAACUAUGUGGUGAUGGCAUGUUGUAUUGCUCAGAAAACUUCCAUGGUGCCACACAGGUGUGCCUCACCUGAACUCAGCUCUUCCCCAGAGAGUAACAGUUCUGACAAGUCUGAGGGGCGUCAGACGACCAGCUCCAGUACAGCCACCAGCCUCUUCCACAUGCUCGUCCCCCUCAUGAAAUGUGAUUGUGCUGAUAUGAGGGACUCCAUUGUCAACGGACUGGGACACACCAACUCUGAUGUCUUCAGAGAAUUGGUGGAAGAGUUACUUCCCUUCCUGAAAGAAGCUAUAGACAAGAAACAGGACAACAUCAAGAGGAGACGGAAGAGAGAUUUACUCAGAGUUCAGCUGGCGCGCAUUUUUGAACUCAUGGCAGAAAACAGAACAUUUGCUCAAACGAACUCUGGGGUGAUUGACAAAGAGAAGCACUGUCUUAUUGGAACAUUUGUGGACUACAUUGAUGGGGCACGUCAGUACUUGGAGGGGGAGAGUGACAGAGACUUGCCCAUCCUGCAGGAGAUCCGACUUCACUUCAGCGGUUUUGUCCAUUACCUCAUACGCAAUACCCCACCUGAGUUAAGGGAAACCCUACUGACCAGGGAGUUACGCUAUAGCCUGUUUCACCUGUUUGCCAGCUGGAGUGGCAGAUUCUGUCCUACAUUCGGCUCCAUUGACAGACGACUGGUGAAGGAGGAGAGUUGCUCUGACCUUGAGCUGUCGGCCGUCCGUGCCAUGUCCUCUGUGCUCUGUUGUGGACCAGUGUUUGACCCCAGCGGCUUGAACGAUGAUGGUUAUGUCUACCAAUGGUUGGACAAUCUUCUCAAGUCACAUGAUGAGAAGAUCUACAAACUGGCCAAAGAGACAGUUGUGUUGUUGUUGGAUUUCAACUCAGAGGUGCAGGUGUUGCUGGAGUGGGUGAUUGACAGGUGUUAUACAGGUUCUAACGAGGUGGCAGAUGGAUGCUUUGGGGCUCUCGCUGCUGUCUUUCAAACAAGAGAGUAUCCUUGUGACGAUGUGGCCAUGCUGAAUCUGGCUGUUCUAAACAUCGGAUCCCCCCGUGUGCAGGUGCACGAGAUCGCCAUACAGCUGAUCCAUCUCCUGGACAAACGCUUCUUCCAGCAGGAACCGGUGUUUUCAGUGAGCCUGGAAGACAACUGCAGCCAGGUGCAGUCCCUCAACGACGUCUACCUGGCCGUCGCAUACUCCCGCUCUCAGAUGUUUGUGUCCGAGCAGUUGGCCAGGCUUCAUCCUGAACUCACCAUGCCUAUGUUCUCAGAGAUCACCCACCGCUUCCAGACUGCCAAACCUUCUAUCCAGGGGACACUACUCCACUACUUGUUGCCAUGGCUACACAACAUGGAGCUGGUAGAUCCGACUCUACCCCCAAGUAACCCCCUGUCUAACUUCCUGACACGCCUGGCAGACAACCAGGGGGAGGUGUUCCGGGCACCUCUGAAGGGCGAAGGCUGGGGCUCCCCACAAGCCACGGAGAUGGUUCUUAACAACCUAUUCUACAUCACAGUCAAGUAUGGUGAUAACCAUCCCCGUGAGAUUGGCACACUGUGGGCUGCUCUCGUCAUGUGCUGGCCUACAAACCUCAAAGUUGUCCUCAGAUACCUGCUCAUUCUGACCAGUAUGGCUGCCGAGCUGCUACCGUAUGCCAAGAGAGUUGUAUCAUACCUAGGCAGAGCUAAACCCGAGAAACUUGUGGAUGAGUUGAUGAAUGAACUCCAGACUGUGGAGACCCUGAACAUGAACAUAGAACGCACCCAGACCCCACCUUUCUACCGCCUGUCCUCUGUCAGAAAGGUUGUGAACAGUAACAACACGACAGACGAUGAGAAGCUUGUGGGGCAUGGGGCGGAGGCACCCCUGGAGAAAGGCAUGCUCCACACCAAGCGACACAGCACUCUAACGGACGAGGUGCCCAGUGACAGCACACCAAGAACAAAUUCCACAACAUCACUGCGUAGUAUCUCAAGCACUUCCUCAGGAGCUACAGACCACAUUAACCUCUCUUUGGAGGAGGAAGGUUGUCCCACACCCACCAAGGCCCCAGAGCCUAAGUGCAGUGAUACCCCACAACCAUACCCCCUGCCAAUGCCUGCCUAUGGAGGAUACUUUGCCCCACUGUCAGAGUACUUACCAGAGGCAUUUGUCCCCACCCCAGGCUACCACAGGAGUAACAUAGCUGUGAUGUUGUUGUCUGAGCUGGUAGUUGAUGGGCUGGAGAUUGACUGGUCAGCUCAUAUCCCACUCAUGUUACACAUCAUCUUCCUUGGUUUGGACCACUCAAAAGUGUUGGUUUAUGAGCACUGUAAGAAGUUGUUGCAGAAUCUGUUGUUGUUGUUGGCUGCCCAUGAGCACCCCCACAUUGCGCGUAACCUAUGCGCUAAUAAGACAAACCUUGGGGACAACCUGGCACUGAUAGCAGAGGAGAAGCUCUAUUCUGUCAUAGGUACUACGGCCUCAGAUGGCCUAGGUGGACAGGUGUCACAUGACAGCAUUACCAAGUUUUCCAUUGGUCAGUCGACCCUGAGUGUGGACAGUAGUGCCACCGUGACCCCUGAGAAUAGUGACACACAGUUACCCGACCUUGAAGCCAUUACUAAUGUGGAUGAGGUUAUGCAGAUUAUUGUGUCAUUGAUCAAGAAAAGACCGGGUCGACCACUAUGGAGCUAUGAGGACAUCACCUCUAAGAGUUUGACCAUCCACAGCGCCACACAGCUGGAAUACCUGCUUAAAUGUGUGGUACAGGUGUGCAAGGAGUUAGCUCCCCUGUCAGGUGUGGAGCAGCGGUGGGCUCAGAUUGCGCUGCAGUUGGCCCUGUCUUGUUCUUCCAGGCAUUAUGCCGGCAGGUCAUUCCAGAUUGUGCGAGCGUUACGAGUGCGACCCUCCACACAGAUGCUGACAGACAUCUUGUCUCGACUUGUGGAGACUGUAGCUGAACAAGGAGAUGACAUGCAGGGUUAUGUGACAGAAAUCAUGCUGACCCUGGAGGCAGCUGUGGAUUACCUGGAGAUGGAAGUGCGCCCCACAGACUUCAUGCGAGAGCUGUUCAUGUCCACCCCUAACCUGGCCAAGGAGACCUGGGCUGAGAAUAGGAAGAGUGCCCCUAUCCCCCCGAGUGGACUGAUAGGGAGGGAACCCCCACCCCACCACAAUCGCACCACCAGCUACUCAGUCUCUGUCGCCACUGGUAGGAUGGCUGUCACCCCUGGCGGUGGGGAUGCUCGUCACAGGAGCUCUACGGAGAUGACAGCUAAGAAGACAACAAACCUGGCGAGGUCGCGCAGUGCGCAAUCCCUGAAAAACCUGGACCAGAACAGCACGGAGGACAAACUCACCAUUCUCACCCAGAUGUUCUGGAUCGCUGUGUCCAUGCUGGAGUCGGACUAUGAAUAUGAGUUUCAGCUGGCCACUAGGCUCCUAGAACAGAUUCUGAAGCAUCUUCAGCCAGGUAGACCCGACUGUAGGGAAAAGCUGGAUAAAAUCCUUCAACAGAUCAAAUGGCCAAAUUUCCCUGGCGUUCAAAGUCUUCUGCUGAAGGGCUGUACAUCCCAGGGUACGGCAGAGAUGACCUGGUCCCUUCUCUCUCACCUGACACUGUGUAUCAAUGCUCCAGUAAUUGAUCCUACAGGUGCUCUAGGUUUCCCGAUGAAUGUGAUAGCUUUACUGCCUUAUUUGGUGCAGAAUUACGAGAGUCCAGGACAGGUGUGUCGUGAUGCAGCAGAUCGUAUCUCACAGACAUGCAGCCAGCAGUCAGAACACCUGGGGAAUCUGGCCACAGUCAUGUCCCUCUACAGCCACGGGACAUUCGGCAAGGACAGCUUCCAGUGGACAAAGUGUGUGGUCAAGUACCUGCAUGAUGUGUACUCAUGUGCCAGCCUAAGUAUGAUCACCUUUUUAGUGGAGGUUUUGGAGCGAGGUCCUGUCAGCUGUCAACCAGCAGUCUUACAGAUCCUCUACUGUCUGGUUCAUUAUGUGGACAUCAGUAAACCCCCGACUCAUAUCAUCAACAUAGAGCUCUUCAAGAAUGUCGCUAAACAUGUUGAGGGUUCCCAUUCCAGAGAUGCCUUGAAGAUUUUAAAAUUAGCUGUGACCCGUUCUUCCACCCUGACUGCUGCCCCUCCCUCUAUGAGUGCUAGUAUCAGCAGUGAGUUAAGUCCCCUGAUGAUGGCACACACCUCCUUUGCUGAAGCAGAGGUUUAUUUCAAGAAGGAACUUCCAGGCAGGACCUUGGAUUUCACAGUGAACUUGACAGAGACACCUUACAUUGGCCGGAAAUACAUUCACGCUGACUCCAGGUCCUCAGAUGCAGAUGGCUCCGCUGGUAACCCAGCCCUAGCAUUGGCACGCAAACCUUCGGCAAAUAUGUCAGAUACAGACUCUGGGUGGAGGAGGCCCUCAGCCUCACAGGCCAGAACACGUGACAGACUGGUGAAUCUGCUGACAUGUUAUGGACCACGUGUGGGUCUGCCAAAGAGCCCAUCGGACACUGCUAUAAAUAAGGUCAUCUUCAGCCAAUCCAGCGACACCUUGGACCACCAGCAGAGCGUGGCUUCGGGAAGCAGUGAGGAAGCCUCUAUCACAGAUGCUAUUUCUAGUGAUGCACUACUGAAGAAAACCGGCGGAAAUGAACUUCUGGUCUUCAAGAGAUUUGACUUCCUCAAUGAACUGAAGAAAAUGAGAGGCGAAGCAGGCAACGAAGAGCGACAGCGUCAGCCUGAGGAGGAAGAUGCAGGCAUGACCUCGGAAGAUGAGGAGUCACACUCCGAGUCUCCAGCUGAUGACGGAAUGCCUCAAGACCUCCCAGCUCCUGGCUCUAUCAUCAUGGAAAACCCAGUGUUACUCAGCAGCCCUCUUACUACAUCCACUCACAGCCUCCACAGCUCGUACAGUGACGGGGACAUCGUAGAGCUCAGCUCCAGCACCGCCUCUCCCAACUUCUCCCACCUCUCUGCGGCCUUCCUCAACGUCCAGAGUGAUGAGGUAGAAGACUUGUGGAGAUCACAUGUGUCAAAGGUUAUGGCCGACUCUACAGCGGUUAACGUAAUAAGCACCUGUCAGAUCUUUCCUCGUCUCUAUAAGGAACUGAGAAGACGCAUGGCUAAUGUGACAAAGGAAGCAUGUUAUUAUGUUAGCAAGACUGAGUCCCUCAAAUCCCUAGCCUGGCAAAUUCUGCAGAUUUUGAACAUUUUGAUUGACCGGAUGGAAUGUCCCCAUGUCUUCACAGAACCAGAAACAAUAAUGGGUACACGCGUGGUUGAGAAACACAGGUUCUGUGUUCUGGAAAUACAAGAAUGCUAUGAAACAUACUCCAUGAGGAAGGACCAGGUUGAACAGUGUCUGGAUGACAUUAAGGCUUCCAUCAAACAGCAGUCAUUAGGAGAAUGUGGUGCCAUCUGUGGAGAAGAGCAGAAAAUGGAGCUUUGUCGUCGGCUUUACAAGCUUCACUUCCAGCUGGUACUGCUGUUUGAGAAUUACAUGAAGUUAUUGGAAGUCUUCCACACAGUCGCCAACUCCCCACAGGUUGUUGACUUUUCCAUCCCUGUGACAGUAGUACGAUCUGAACUAACUCAGGCAGCUAGGGAGAUGGAGCACGGUCAGGUGUCACCUUUACAGGUGGACAGUAAGGUGGUGUCCAGACAGGAGGCCCUGACCAGCCUGGCUGAGUACCUGAACGGAGAGCGCUACCUCAAGGCCAUACAGCUACUCAGGGCCUACAGAGCAUCCUGCCCCCUAGACCUGUUUGGCCAAGGAUGUGAGGAUGAUAUUGUGGCUCUGCUAAAUAUCUACUGUCGGGGAUUGGCUGAUAAACGAUCAGGAGUGUUUGUGAUGACAAAGGUCGACCUUGACCUUGGGGAGUUGCACAGCCAGCUGAUGGACCUCCAUGUGCAACUAGAGCUGGUCUGGUCCCAGAUCAGCUCAACAUCUCAGACCAUGCAAGAAAGGGAGGAACCUGAGUGCUCUGUCAUCAUACUGGGCGAGUCAGAAAUGCUCUGAGAUCUGUAAUCAUAAUCGGCGAGUCAGAUGCUCUGAGAUCUGUCAUCAUACUUGGCGAGUCAGAUGCUCUGAGAUCUGUCAUCAUACUUGGCGAGUCAGAUGCUCUGAGAUCUGUCAUCAUUCUUGGCAAGUCGGAGAUGCUCUGAGUGGUCUGUUUAUAUCUGCUCUACUACUCGUACUCAUACACAGCAAGUUGAACAUCCUUUGAGCUCCAUCAUCAUAUUUGACAAGAAAGGCCUGUUUAUAUGAUACGGUACUCCAUGAUUCUGAUAUGCUCUGAGCGGUGUCAUCACACUUGGUGAGUCGGAGGUACUCUGAGCUCUGUCAUAAUAUUCAGCGAGAGAGAUCAGUUUAUGUGAUGUGGCACUCCACAAUUCUGAGA